ACGACCCUGCCGAGUUAUCUUAUUGGGCUCAUUGAUCUUGCCCACAGGACCUGCUGCUGCACCUCUCGAAGGGGCUUCAUUCCUCGGCUGUGUGUCCAUUAAACGACCUCGUCUUCGGGGCUAGGACCCCGGCUGCGGAGAAGCGACCCUAGGCUCCCCAUUCCCCAGGUGGGACGACUGGAGUCGGUGAUAGACUUGGGGGCUGCGGCGGGACUCGAGCCCGCGCUGGCAGCUGCGUUUCCCCCGGGGGAGCGGGAGGUGGCGCCGGCUCCCCUCGGGGCAGCCGCGUCUCGGAGCCCGCAGGGGCCGACGUGGGCUUCCAGAGCCGCCUCUCUCCGCGCCGUCCUUGCUCUUCCCUUCCGGGGCGCCAGCAGCGGCUUCCUGCUCCAUAGCCCCCCGGGAGUCUCGCGCUUGGCUCCCCGCCCCAUCCCUGGGUGGGGGAAGGUCAGGUGGCCGGAGCCGACUCCCCCACCCCCACCCCCUCAAGCAGUCUUGUUGGACGGAGAAGACGAAGGGUAGGGAACUUGCACUAGGUUUUGCAGGAGCCGGGUUAGGGGCGAAAGACCCUCCUAGCUCACCGGCCCGAGGAUGGCUCUGCGAGCGCCCGCUGAGACCGAACUCCAGGAGCAGGUGUGCUACCCAGCCGAGAGGCUCCAGGGCACCUCCCAAUACCUGGCUGCCUACUACGAGCCUUUGGCCGCCUACGGCUCCUACAGGAGCGCCCUGGCCGCGGCGGAGGACUUGCAAUCUUUCCCGCAGUUGGAUAGCUCCGUGCCUGCGCCCCAGGCCAUACCCUCCUUCCCCUUUCAGAUGGCACCUCCUUUGCUGAACCCCAGCCUGGCCCUGCAGCGGGAACCCCUCUAUGGCAUACCCUGGUACGGCAAAUUGCCGCACUGGUAUCCAGUUGCCCAGCUCCCCGGGGAGGUGCCACACUUCCUCAGCAGCAGCGGCGAGUACCCGGCGUCCAGCGGUGACAACUCGGCCCGCAACGACGGCGCCCCUCGGUCCAGUGGACCCGACCCCGUAGCCACGCCUGCCCAGGCUGCCGUGGUCCCUACAGGACUGAAGACAUCUCCCGUAGUGUCUCGCUCCCCGGCGAAACAGUCUGAGGAUGACCCCAAAGUCCUGCAGCUAGAGCGGAAGUCGCCUGACCGUUUCCACUUCACCGAGGAAGACCUGCACUUCGUUCUCUAUGGGAUUACUCCCAGCCUGGAGCACCCAACUUUGCUACAGCAUGCCAUUUCCGGAGUCCUGACCCCCACAGGAAGCCCUAGCUCAGGGUCUGAUUCGCUUCCUCAAGCUCUGGACAAAGAAUCUCUUCAACUUCCAGAAGGUCUGUGCCUUCUGCAGACGAUGCUUGGCGAAGUGCCACACUUUGGGGUGUUCUGCAGUGGCUUCAUUGCCAAGGGAGUCAGAUUUGGGCCCUUUCAGGGCAAAAUGGUCAGCGCCAGUGAAGUGAAGACCCACAGGGACAAUUCUGUGAUGUGGGAGAUCUUUGAAGACGGUCAUUUAAGUCACUUCAUAGAUGGCAAAGGGACUGGGAACUGGAUGUCCUACGUCAACUGCGCCCGCUUCCCCAAAGAGCAGAACCUAGUUGCAGUGCAGUGCCAGGGGCAGAUCUUUUAUGAGAGCUGCAAGGAGAUCUGCCAGAACCAAGAGCUUCUUGUGUGGUACGGAGACUGCUACGAGAAGUUCCUGGACAUUCCUGUAAAUCUGCAGCUCACUGAGCAGGGCAGGCAGCCGGCUGCGCCUGUGGAAGAGUCUGCAGAAGGCUUCCACUGUGAGAGAUGUGGAAAGGUGUUUACCUACAAAUACUACAGAGAUAAGCACCUCAAGUACACCCCCUGCGUGGACAAGGGCGACAGGAAAUUUCCCUGCUCCCUCUGCAAGCGGUCCUUCGAGAAGCGGGACCGGCUGCGGAUCCACAUCCUUCACGUGCAUGAGAAGCACCGGCCCCACAAGUGCUCCACAUGUGGGAAAUGCUUCUCCCAGUCUUCCAGCCUGAACAAGCACAUGCGCGUGCACUCUGGAGACCGCCCAUACCAGUGUGUAUACUGCACCAAGAAGUUCACUGCCUCCAGCAUACUUCGCACACAUAUAAGGCAGCACUCUGGAGAGAAGCCCUUCAAAUGCAAGUACUGUGGCAAAUCUUUUGCAUCACACGCGGCCCAUGACAGCCAUGUCCGGCGCUCUCACAAGGAGGAUGAAGGCUGCUCUUGGUGA